UUCAUUUCAGUUCUUUACGUGGAAGAAUGCAGUCGUAUUUUUAAUUCGCUGUUCAAAGCUAAUCCAUUUUUUGAUCUUGAUUAAAUGCUAUGAGAAAUGUAAUUGAUGAUCAAUCAAAGGAGGCCGUAUAAUUCAAGUGAUUAUUCAUAGAAACGGAGAGGAGUCCUGUUUAUGAGGCACCAGUAAGCGGAAAUUAACGGAAAGAAAACGAGUCGUAAAACAUCGUUACAAAAACACACAAUCAUUGUUUAUACGUAGUGUUUAUGUAUAAAGUGAUACUUCUACGCUAAAGUGUGAUCCAAAACCGUUACAAUAAUGAGUGAACACGAGGAUCUGGAAGACGGCGAAAUUGAGGAUGAUGAGGAGGAACAAGUUGUCCUCCAGACAGAGGAAGCUCAAAUUGAUCCACCUCUGCAACCCGCCGUUGCUAAACAAGAGGAGGACGUUUGGGAUGAUGACAGUAAUGCUCAGGAAAGUGUCGAUAAACUGCAGAAUGUGAAAAACAUGAACAGUGCUAAGGCGAGACUUAUUGAUGAAGUGGCCCCUCCUAAAACCCCUAAAAGAAGCAAACCAGCUCCAGUUGUUGAUGAUUGGGCAACCAGCGUGGAAGCUGCGAUUGCCAAUGCCCUAAAAAAAGAUGGCGUACAACCUCCAAUGCCUGCUAUAAGCCAUCGACACGAAGAUAACGAGGAUGAUCGGCCAUCUAAACGGAAGCGACGGGAGAGAAACAAAAAAAAAUCCACUUCCGAUAAACCCGAAGAGUUAGAAGAGAUGGAUCUGGAGUAUGAAAUGAUGAAUGUGCGAGGAGGCAGCCCAAGACCCCCGGCAAUAGGUUCAGGCGGCAACAAUUAUCCGGACCGGAGCGAAUCCGAUGAUAGUUACUCGUCAGAUGACUCUCGCGAUAGGGACCGAGGACGUGACCGGGAUCGGCGGGAUCGUGACCGGGAACGAGAUCGAGAGUAUACCCGCCGGAAGCGUAAAAAUCGGCAGCGAAACAGGGCGAAUCGCGACGGCAGGAAGCGCAAACGAGAUGAUUCCGAUGAUGAAAAACACCAUCGCAAUAACGGCCCGCGAAAGAUGGAAUUGUGUAAAUUCUAUCUCAUGGACUGUUGCGCCAAGCGGGAAAAGUGUCUGUACAUGCAUUCGGACUUCCCUUGCAAGUACUACUAUCUGGGUCUCAAAUGCAAGGAGAAGGAAAAGUGCUUAUUCAGUCACGGCGAACCGCUGUCGGAUGAGCUCAGGGCAAUUCUGAUGAAGCACUUGGAGACCGCCCCGCAGGAGAUUCUAGGCGAUUUUCCCCGUAUCGGGCGAGAAAGUGCCGCAAACAUGGUGAACGCAACCCAUCGUAAGUUGAUGGAAAAGUACGGCAUGGCCCCUGUGGCUGGUACUGACGGAGAAGCAGGAGAUGGUAAGCUUUCUUCUUUGACGGAUAUGGGUCAGGGCGGUAAAAAUCGUCGGUCUAGGUGGUGUGAAAAGGGAACUGCCGGUGGCAAAUCGGAAGGAAAUGCGGGAGAAGAAUUUUUAAGCUUAAAGUAUUUAACAGGAGUGAUAUCGCAAGAUCAAAUUGAGAAUCUUGAACGGAUGGGUAUUCAUGAUUUGAAUCAAAUCAUGACGCUCACGGUGGCUCAGUUGAAUGAACUUGGAUUGAGCGUGACUCAAAUUCAUGAGUUGCAAUUAAAUGCAUUGAACAUGCAAAAAUUACGAGACAAUAUAGCCAAACAGAAUGCUCAAAGCGAUGAGCCUGAGUUUGGUGAGUCAACGUCGGCUGUGUCAUUGGCCAGUAGUAAGGAUCUUGAUAUGCGUGUAACUCCAUCUCACACGUCGUUACCGAAAGAAUCUACCAGCAUGCCUAAUUUAGGCGGGAAAGAUGUUGAUAUGCGGCUUCUCCCAAUGAUGAACUCAACUCAGCAGGAAGCGUCUACAGGGGUCAACCAAGGAAGCUCUCAAGCAGAAAUGGUAUCUACGACUCUGACUGGCCUGAUUAAGACUCCUACAGUGGAUUAUUCGCAGUAUCUGAAGGACUCCAAUCUGAACGAUGAUGACGAUAUGGACAAUACCGAACAGGCGGACAAUCUAAUGAUAGCCCACGACGACGACUACGAUGACGAGGAAAAUAAUCUUAAAAUUAGCAUCGAGGAGGACGAAUGGGACGAUGAUGAAAGUCUUAACAACACCAAGAAGCAGACAUAUGCAGAUAAUGCUGCUUCAGAUUUGCAACCCACAGUAUUCGAUACUAAACUUGUACAUAGGCCAACGACAACUCAGAAAAUCGACUACACAAAUUCAUUCGGAAUGUACAAAUCUCCGGUUUAUGAAGAUGAGAAACCCAGUGAACCGUGUAUAUUAGACAGUUAUGGGAGUGAUUCCGAGAAAUCGACCAAAAAGAAGCAAGAAAUAUUCAGCCGAAAGUCGAUGUACAGUAAUAUAGCCUUGCCGGAUUCGGCUGGCGACAGUUUAGCUUCAGGUAACAAACAGCAAUAUUCACCAGGCAACACCCCCACCAUGGGGUGGACGCCAACUUCCGGUAAUACGAACACUUCCACCUCCACAACUGCUCCCAAACCAAAUGCUUCGGCCAGUAGUAAACCUCCCCGACCGUCGAUCUACGAUGAUCCGGACGCGAGCGACCACAGUGAUGACAGUGAUUCCAAGUCGAGCAACUCCAUGGUCAUUGAGAGGGAUAAAGAUAUGAGACUGAACUUCCUGAACUUGGAUGCCAAAAUGGGCGAGGAUGGUGCUGCCGAUAUAGACCUGCGGUUACCGUUCAAACCUAUCAUGACCAACUACAUACCGGCAACGGAGAUUGAUGCGUCCAUCACCUCCCACGUGCCCAUCGUCUACAAGGUUCAUGAAGUGGACGUUCCUAAGCCCAACUAUAAAGAUAUCCGAAGGAACACACCGAGGCCAGAUCGGACAAAGGACCCACGAUUGCGCCGGAUAUUUGGAAUGCAAAAUGAAGAGGAACCCGAAAAUGGUGCAAAAUCGGAUCUGCUGUUGCCCGGUAUAAGAUCGCCCAAGCCGUCGACGCAGGGUCCGGUAGCUCCUCGCGUAGAUCCCCGAACGAAACGGAUGCAGGAGAGCAAAAUUCAAAGUCCAGUACACGAGGGCAGUGCUACGAACACCCUCCUAUCGCACCCGGCGCAACUGGAUGUUCAGACCAUUCUGCAACGCUCGAACUGGUAUUUGGAUCUCAGCUCAAAGCAUAAGAUCAUGGUCAAUCAGCAGCUGGCAAUCCUUACCACCGAGAUGAAGAAGUUUCACAACUCGGACAAAUCAACCGAAAAAAUGGCCGAUUUCAUGCACCAAUUGGCCAGCAAUCAAAUGCUGCAGUUCAUUCUGACAAAUUUGAAUGUCUACGUUGACGAUUCAGUAGCAUUUGCCGAAGUUCCUUUAGUUCCUUCCCAACCUCCGCCACUGAUGUCGGUGCCGCCUCCUAAUAUAGGACUGCCACCUAUGGUCCAUCAUAUUCCGCCCAUGAACAUCAUCCCUCCCAUGCAAAAACCGCCAUCGCUCUUCGAUCUUCCUAGGUUCAAUUGUCCACCGGAGGUCCGGCCUGGACUGCUGGGUGUAGCUCCCAGUAUGCCUUUUGAACAGUUUCUGGCGAUGGGCCAAGGCAAUAAGCCCAACCCGCCUCCGCUAAUGGACGAAUGGGUCGAUGACUAUGAUGAAGGCAACGGAUUUGUUCCGAAUUUUGAGCGCAAUACUCCUAAUAAUUUCGGCGGAAAUAUGCGAGGCAACGGAAUGAGAAACAAUCGUGGCGGGGGCAACUUCAGGAACAAUGACCGAUGGAACAACUCCGGUGGCGGAGGGGGUGGUAAUAAUCCAAAUCGUCGGAAUAAUAAUCACCGCCGGAUGGACAAAAAGAAGUAAUCCGUUAUUUUGCAAUCAUCUGUGGGUGGUCAAUAUAAUCCAAAUUAUUUUGGAUUAUUCCUUUCUGUAAAACCACGGUAUAGAAUAAUUAAAUGAUUAAAGCGGGUCGUGUUGGUGGCCCAAGUCCGGCGUUGGCAUGCGUAUAUCUUCCCUAGGUGUAGCUUCGAUCCCUCUUACAGUAAGUGAGAUUCCUAGCAAGCUGCCGACGAGCUUCCAUUCCUGACUCCCCUUUUAAAGUAUGUGUUAUUUUUAAUAUCAUUAAAAAUGCUUUGUAAAUAUAGAAAUUUCUUUAAAAAAAGCGUCAGUUAAGUGACUUAAAAUUAUACUGAAUAGUUAUACCGUACCUAGAAAAAAAAUUACUCAAUUUUUUCGGCCGAUAGUGUAAAUGAAUAAAAAAAUCUUGAAGUCUUAGACUAAGGCAAUUCAAUCCCAAUGAGUAUAUCUAGACAUAAAAUAUCCGCCGGUUUGCACAGACUUCGGCAUUUAUUGGUAAUAAAAGGUUUGACUGAGAAAAAAAGAAGUAGAUAUUUGGGAAAAAGCAGCUUAAGGCUCUUUGAAUUAUUCAGCUGUUUAUCGCGUAGAAUGUGUGUUAAAUAAAUCAAGUACUGCUUAGAAUAUUUAUAUGAUGUUCCCAGUCAACACGUAACAGCAUAAAGUAUUGUAUUCAGUAGCGAAAUGAAGAGAUUAUUCUAAAAUUCACAAAACUAUCUUCAAAUGUUUAUCGUA